UGUUUGCGUCUCAAAUCUGGCCACACUGCGCUGAAUACGUAUGAUCAGUGUUGAUAUGUGUGUGACGUUGCCGUCAGUGCAUUUACUGGCAUUUACGGAAUCUAUCGUUGUUUGAUCGAAUGUAAUGAUAUUUAAACGGCGUGAUUAAACGCCUAGAAGAAGAAUGUUUGAUUGGUAUUAAAUCGAUAGUAGACUUGUCAAGGAGGCAGUACUCGAACUGAUCAGUGAGGAAGUGAAAACAAAGUUGUAGGUUACAACCAUGGCACAAUCAACAACAAGCGGAACUUCCUCGCGACGAUAUAUGAGGGAGCACGAGGUGCUGUCUUCAUCACGUUAUGUGGACAAUGAAUGGGAGUCCAAGGAGGCUUUACGACAAAGGGAACUAGAGGAGGCAAGAGCGCGAGCGGCACAAAUGGAAAAAACAAUGCGAUGGUGGUCAGAUUGUACUGCUAAUUGGCGUGAAAAGUGGAGCAAAGUUCGCAAUGAAAGAAAUGCUGCUAGAGACGAGGCAAAAGCUCUCAGAGCAAAAUUAGAAAUUGCAGUUAAAGACGCGAAUACUUUUAAACAUGAAUCUCAAGAUUUGGAACUGCAAAAUGAACAGCUGAAGAAAGAGAUGGAAAAGAUACAUAUGAUACUCUUAAAGCACGCUGGCCAGUUUGAUCAGCAAAUCUUCACUAUGCUAGAAUCAGAUCCGCAAGUAAGAGCUACUUUUGGAUUGGAUGAGCAGUUAGAAUUUUAUAAUAACGUUGAACCGAGUGAUACGUUAAAUUCACAAAGGGACAUGCUGUCUUGUAAAAAUUCGCACAACGCAUCGGAUGUUGCUUCUGGAGGUCACAGUAUCUUGCCAGAAAGGGAUAUUGAAGAGUAUGUCUUGCAAGGUGCUGUGCCCAAACAUGCAGUAGAAUUAUACAAAGAAAGCCCUAGUAAUUCACUUGAUAAAAACAUCGCGAAACUAGUCACGGAUAAUACUGCCAGGAAAGAUGUGUUGGAGAAGCAACAACUGUCAUUAGAUAUGUACAAGGACGAUUGUUUGAAUCAGAAGAUGUCAGCGUUACAACUUCAACUGGACGAGGCAACAAAAGCUAUUUCUGCGGAAAGAGAGGAAAAAAGUUCUUUGCAUCGUACUGUUGAAAAAUUGAAAGCUGAAAUUAAGCAAUUGAGGGAACAAUGCGAGGAAUUGUCUGGAAGCAGAGCUGACGCAAUGAGGGAAUUAUCGGAGUUAAAGGAACGAUUUCAACUUGAGCUCAGUGAAGAGCAUAUAGCGGAUUUGAUAGAUAAUACAAGUAACGGAGAAGGCAUGGAUCGUCGUCUAAGUGAGUUAAGAACCGAACUGGAGAAACUUCAAGCUGAAAAUGCAGCCGAAUGGGGUAAAAGAGAAAGACUAGAGAGUGAGAAAAUUUCCUUGGAACGGGAAAACAAAUUGCUUCGUCUAAAAAUAAACGAGUUGCAAGAGAGAAUAGAAUCGCGGCGAUCACGACCAGUAUCUACAGUUGACGCAGACACGAAGCAGCUGCAGCAAGAGAUUCUAAUUCGCAACAUGGUGUUACUUGAAGUAAAGCAGUAUCAAGCGGCACUGAAGCAAUCUUUGGCAGAAAAAACAACGGAAUUAUCACACGCUAUAAGACGAUCCGAGCAAUACGAGGCAGAGGUAAAGCGAGUGAGAGCAAGAGUCGAUGAGUUGAAGAAAGAGCUGGCCGCCGCUCAGGACGAAGUUGACGCUGCUACGAACAGCGUACGAAAGUUGCAACGGGCUAAUAAAGACCUCAUGGAGCAAUUGGAAUCCGCAAAUGUACAAUUGGAACAUUUUAAAAAUAGCAACAACGAAUCGUGCGUAGCGGAUGGUGAAAUAGAUGGAGCAGGGGAAGAAAAGUUUCAACCUAACAAUUCUGAUGAAUACGCUGAAGUAUACGGUCAGCAACAAGCCUAGUAUUCGUGUCGGUGACGAUGGCAUAUUUGUGUCAGAUAACGAAGAUGCAGAUUGGAUAGAUGAUUGCUUAGUUGGCCUAAAAUACAGAAUUUAACAACGGUUUUUUUUUUUUUUAAAUGGUUGACUCUCCAUUUGGCGCAACACUUCCGCGAAUUGUACGUGUUGAGUGACUGUUGUAAGCUACGUGCCUAUUGCAGUGUCAACGACAAAGGUAAAACAUCACUUCCAGUAGUACAUAUAUGUAAAUGUGUAUAGAUAAUAGCAUAUUGAUGUAAUAUGCAAUUUUUUAAUUACUUAUCGACCGACAAGAUUGAUAAGUGCGUUGCAGUAUCUACUGUUUUAACAGUUAUUUACUCAACAAUGAGAUUGUGUUCAACCAAGAGAUCUUUAUCAUUAUUUUCUGUAAAUAAUCAUUUCACUCUCAUUGGUUUUUUUUUACUUUUGUAAAUUGUGAGCAUACAUCUUUUCUCUUUUUCUUGUCGCAUUUUGUAAACGGUUUACAUUCCGCGUUACUAUUUUUUAUGUUUUAUUUUGUAGACUGGUGUAAAGAUAUUGUAUAUACUUACGAAAUAUAUAUAUAUAUAUCAUAAAAUUAUGUUUUGUCACCUCGAAAAAGACUGGUGAAAUUGAGUAGUAAGACACAAUAUGUACAAGAUACGAUACCUGAUAUUUAUAAUUGAAUCUUUUAUGUCAAUAUAAAAAAUCUAUAUAACGUAAGUUAAUAUAUAUAUAAAAUAAUACUCUACAUAUGCAUCUGUGAAUAUAUGUCGCAGAUAUGAACUGCUAGAUAGAGAUCUACUGAACUGUAGAUAGAGGUAACAUUUGAACGCAACCUUCAUGUACUACAAUUAUCUACAUCAAACUGAGAAGAUUAUUGUUAAUUAUACUAAAUUAUAUUAUAUUUCUUAACUAGCGAAGAGGACAAAGAA